AUGCAGUUUGACAUUUUAUCUAUCACUUGUCUUUCCAUAAUAAGAGAGUUAGAAGUUCGAAAAUAUGGCUUCCAAGUCUUUUGUUCUGUUGGGUCUAUUUGCAGUUCUUCUUGUCAUCUCAGAUGUGGCCUGGGCAUCUGCUAGCAAACCCGGCCCGGUGAAGAGUGAGGAAACUGUGCAACCUGAUCAUCAAGGUGGUGGAGGUUAUCACAUCUCCGGAGGAUCAGGAGGAGGAGGAGGAGGAGGUGGAUACUGCCACUACGGCUGCUGCUAUAAGGGUUUCCGUGGCUGCUCAAGGUGUUGCUCGUAUGCCGGAGAAGCUGUUCAGACUCAGCCCGGUCACUGAAAUAAUAUAAUCUAUUCAACACCAUGCAUGCAAGAUUGGCAUUAUGUGUGUAUCACUUUAAGUAAACCAUGGUGCGUUUGUAAUGAAGUGUACUCCAGUAUACGAAAGAUGCAAAAUUGAUUAAGAAGAAAAGUAUUUGGGAAUAUAGUUUGAGAAUGUAAUGUUUAUGUGUUUGAGUUGUAAUCUGUGUUGUUUGCAUAAUAAAGUUGUUUGUAGUUUAUGUUA